GUCUAGAAAACCAAUGGCAGGGAAGGGCCUCAGUACAGUUGGCACCGUUCAAGCUCACAUUUCAGUAGAACGAUUCAUCUCUUCCUCCUCUUUUCUGAUCGGACGGUCGAUGUGCUCAUUGUGUACUUUGUAGAAAAAUACCCAUGCGGUACGGAAAGCCGACGCAAAAGGGGCCGAAUAAGAGAGAGAGAGAAUGGAGAGAGAGAGAAUGGGGGUCAAUUGAAAUUGGGCGGGAAGGCAAAGGAGUUGCUUUGAAGCGGGACCUUAUUUUUUUCAGAGGGCUCUCUAUCUCUCUACAUCUUAUCUCUCUCCUCCAUGGCGAGGACCAAGCACAUGGCUUCCAAAAAGAGGACAACCCGAAGCGGUCGGGCUUUUGGAGCCACGGAGGAAGCUACAGCAACGCAGAGAAAGCGUCGACGCAGACGUGGAAGUGUCUCACUCCGUGAGAUUAGGACUUACCAGAAUUCUACUCACCUUCUCAUACCUUCACUGCCUUUUGUCAGAGUCGUUAGGGAAGUUACCCAGCAAUAUACCAAUCAAGUUACACGUUGGACUGCUGAGGCAUUAGUAGCAAUUCAAGAGGCAACUGAGGCAUUUUUGGUGAACUUAUUUGAAGAUGCACUUUUAUGCACCUUACAUGCAAAACGUGUAACACUUAUUAUUUGGAUGGUUAUGGACUGCUGUCUUUAAAAUGUAUUUUGACUUGAAUAACAAAACCUCCUGUGGGACAUUAAUUAAGUUCACAUAAAGCUGAUGAGCCAACUAUGGAUCUGAUCUAUUUCAAUGUUAUA